AUGCGAAAAACGCCAUCGGAACGUUCCUUAGAAGGCUCAGGUGAACAGCCUUCGGUCCCAUCGCCGUGGAGUCAGGAGGAGAGAAUGACUGUUGUUGCUAAACUUCAUGACUUGGAGUUGGUAAAUAAACGCCUGACUGAGGAGAAGUCCCACUUACAGCGACAACUAAAUCAUGUCCUACGACGACUCGCCUCCGAUCGUUUCAUUCGACAGAGGAGAGACCUGGAAGAUGUAUCCAACCUGCUUCGUGAGCUCGUUCAGUCCGCAGAGGUGGAACGACCAAGCAGCAGGACCGUUGAAGCACCUCUAGCUUCUGCUGAAUCCACAAGUUGGAUAGAGUCUAACGGGCCAGUGUCAAUCACACAGUAUUCGAGUCUCUCCGACACCUUCGAAAAAAUUGUUCUUGAACAGGAUCCUGUCUCAAAAAUGAGUUUAGAGCUCUCCUCCUCAGAUGAAGCGGAGGGUAGUCGGCCCCCCGAAGAAGAGGUACAAGCUGGCAAAAUGGUUGAUACUACGGCCACGGCGUCAACAACUGUAAUCGAGCUCUACCAUUCGCCUUCGAGUUCUGAGGCCUCAGGAGAGCAGGUGGAUUGGGAGCUUCACAUUCCUUUAUCCUCACCAGCACUAUCGCAUUUAACCGAGUCCUUGGGAUCCAUUAAUAGCGUAUCAACAUCCCACAUCCACGCACCAGUGGGUUCAGGAACAUUUACUACUCCUCAGACACCCGUUUUGUCUCGUCGGCUCCAAUACACAGCCUCUCUUCCCUCAUCACCAUAUAAACACCCUCCCCGCAAGGGCAUUAUUCGUGGGACUGAAGAAGCCAGACGUUCAGUGUCAAAGUGGUUGGAAAUUUCAGUUUUAGAGGUAGCGGAAAAGGCAAAACAGGAGGCAUUCAAGACCCCAUCUAGUCCAGGAAGGGCCGAGAGCAUUGUUGAACGUGCACAAAGGUCGCCUUAUGUUCCCCAUCCACUUAGACAAGCACUUAAACGAAGUUCCCAUAAACCGAGGAUCAAAGUUGGUCCAUCGGAGGACUUUUUAAAUGACUUCUUCUCAUCCUCUGCAGUAACAAGUAAAACACUUCACGAAGAAGGUCUCCAUGCUGCAAUAAUUUUCAGCCGUUUUACGGAAGUGGCCAGAGAAUUAGGAAGUUUGUUCACUCAUCUGCAUGCCUACACGUGUGCUCGAAGGCACUGCUUUGUCAUACAAAGCAUACCUGCUCAAGAAUUGCAGAUAAGUAUCAACUACUUUCUUAAAACUCGGAGAACGAAUUUUGACCGCCUUUGUGGAGAAGAGACAUCGUCUGAAGAGGCCCGUUCUACAGCUGGGAUACCGUUCACUACACCCACCAUUGAAAUAACCCCCUCACUGCCUCCUCAUCCCUCCACUAGCCACUUCCGAAGCUCUUCCGCCUCCACAGAGUAUAACGUCCCUCCAACUGAGGAUAGCAACAACAAUAUGGAGGUAGAACAUUUGGAAGCACAAAAGAAAAGCACUCAUCACGCCGGUCCCCUUUCUAAGCUGAGUUCACGGUUCAAGUUGUGGCAGAGGUUCUGGUGCGUCAUGGCAGAUAAGUCCCUCCUCUUCUAUGCUGACGAAGCCGAGGUAGAAAAGUGGCCGAAGAAGUGCAUCGAUUUGGCGGAUGUUCAGCGAGUGGAAAGACGCCAUGAUCACCGGCCUGAAGGGCGAGGGAAAGUAACUGUCUCUUCUGCUAUCAAUUUGGUUUUGCAAAGCGGAAAGAUCUACACCCUUCGCUCGUCCAGAAUUACCGAAACUCGAGUUUGGGAAAACAAAAUACGCCGAGCAUUGCGUCGUGUUCAAGCGGAAAGGAUCUUUCAUAUGUAUAGUGCACAGUUGGUCACCAGUGGCUGGUUACGAAGGUACAGAAGGGGACAGAGUCAUCGUGUAUGGGGAAUGCUGAUGGGGACAUUUCUUGUCUACGCUCGUGAUGCCAGAGGACAAUAUUUAACUGGUUUCCGGGAUCUUACAACUACCUACAUUCGAUGCCUUGCAAUUCCUGAAGAAAGAAGUGCUGAUAAUGACCGGGAACUCACCUCUUCGCAAUUAGCAUACGAUGAUUAUGAUGCAACGGACUCUGAAUCAGACGCAGGAAUUGAUAUAAAUGGCGUCAGUAAUUUGACGAUUUCCUUGUGGGCGCCAAAUCGAGAUCCGGUGUAUUUGGUAUGUUCAAAUGACGAAGAGUACGAACGCUGGAAGUAUCAUCUCCACCGAGCUUGUUGGUUCUCAUCGUUAGGCAGUGAUUCUACAGUAAGCAGUGCUGAACCCGAAUCUCGUUUUCUCCAUCUCUGGAAACAGCUUGUUCGGCCGAGCUGUGUCCUCCAUCGAAGUCAUUCUGAAGUUCCACUAAAAGAGCCCCUGUCUAGGAUUUUUGACUCUUUGCUGGAAAAUGACGCUAUUCGACUUUCAGAAAAACUCCUCUCGCUUUCAAAUCUGCACACUAGACGUCAGGAGCGCGUGGUGGAGGAGACUGAUCACAGACCUAGCGCCAUGUACCGCUUUCCCGUUGAUGCUGACAAGUACAAUCUGAUUAAAGAGAUCGCUCAAAUGUGUUUUGAGAGCAUCGGACUUAAGGAUGAACUAUUUUUGCAGCUAAUUAAGCAGGCCACUCCCUCUACUUACGCUCUUCGCACGGAUAUUCAUCAAUUUGGGACAGAACCAACUCGGAGACGGGCGACCAGAGUUGUGGACCUUCUAUGCCACCGCGACGGAGCCGAAGGUAGACGGGCCGUUAGUACACAACGACAACAACCUGAGUCACAACGCUUUUCUUCGCCUCCGGGAUACUCACACAAGUGGAUCCCCAUUAUUGUAAUGUGGGAAUGUCUGGCGAUUUAUUCAACUGCAUUUCUGCCCUCACCACUGGUGCUUGCCUGUCUUCAGGCUUACCUAUCUCAAUUCACCUUAAGGGCUGAGACAAGUCAGGAAGAGCACACGACCUCGCCGCAUGGUCGACGUAGAAAAAUCACUGAGGCACGUAAACUCUACAGUGAGGUGAGUCGCUUCGCUGCCUUCUGCACAGACAUGCUAAUGAGAUGUCGUAUCCGUGGUGGGCGUCGCAUUGUACCCUCGUGCUUUGAAGUAGUAGCCAUUUCUCUACGCAACCCAUACACGCAUAGCCUCCCUUUCAGUCUUCCUAUCCACAUUCAUCUUCCUACUGGCUACGAGGUUGUCAGUUUCGAUGGUACAAUGAAGGUACAUCAGCUAAUGGGAAGUCUCCUUGGCAAGCUUGAACUCUCCGAAGCAAUUGCACAGAACCUCUGUCACUGUGGGCUAUAUUGUCGAAUCUCAGGCCCGCAGUACGUAUUCGGUAGGGCGCCUGCAAGACCUAGAAUGAUAUAUUUGGAGGCUGAGUGGAACGUGUGUGACGUUAUCUCGCUCUACGAGUCUACAUUAACCCGAACUGACCAGGGCUCCGACUUCAGUCUUGAGGAUAUGACUAUUGACAUUGUCUUCCUCGUCACUGCAGUGUCAAAAAAGGCCAUCGUUCAAACAUCUCCGUUAACUGAACGAAUAAUGGAUAUCGUCGCGCAUCAACUUCACUCCGAUCUGUACACAGGUGAACUAAAUAUCAUUCUGAGAGGCACACACUUCCUCGAGUUGACAGCUCUCAUGUGCCGUUGCGACUACGUGGAUUAUGCCGAAUUGCAGAGAGGUCAGGAGAUCAGUCUCACGCAAAUAGUUGAUCAAUACUUCCCUCAACACUGUCUCACCGUGUGGGGUCGUGAGGAUGAUCAAGCCUUAAUUGAACUUAAACUCCUCCUCUUGGAAAGGUGGAAUAAGGUGUGCCGCGAGACUUCCCACCCAGAAGGCAGCACAGAUUCCACUGAACUUCGACUUCCUCGACCCUCCUAUGCCUACACAAUGUACUUCUGGCGUCUCCAUCCAGCUGGAGCCUGCGUACGCCACUAUCCCUGCAAUCUGAUCAAUAUUCCAGAAGUACCUCCAGACGAGACGGUGUGGCUGGUAUCCAGUUUUGAUAAGAUAAGCCUUCUCCGAAUUUACACAUUCGAUAGUAUAGUGCCACAUCCUAUUCAUCCCAAUGGCAUUGAAAGAGCCGUAUCGGGAAUGGCCUGUUUCAAGCACAUACCUUUAAAUCGAGUCGUAUCUUUUGGUGUUCAACAGACGGGCGCUUUCUUUUUGGUCUUCUCCAAGGUGUCCAAGAGACGCCAUUUGCGUCGCAAGCGAGAUCAAAUUCGUCGGCAUUCGAGUAGGGGUGAAGGCGCCGUCUCCUCCACUUCAACGGUAACAGCAACUACAACCAAGGAGCGGAGAAGUGCAUCUAUUCGUGAACUCUACGGAAGAGUGUCAUUUCCUGAGCCGGAGACACAACUAGAGAAGUUACUCUUCUUCGUGCGAGACCUCUGUGAGAUCAAUGAACUUUGCCAGUGGCCACAUCGCGUGAUAGGGGUUGAUGAAAACAUUUACCUUCUCGUCAUCUCUGGUGGUGCAUUCUAA